AUGAAGGCCUGGUUGGGGCUGCUCAGAGUCCUGGUGGAGCAGCUGCUGCAGUCUAUAAUGGUGCUGCAUGUUGUCUUUCUCUUCGUGGUGUUUGGUGUGGAGAACAUACAAGGACACAAAUGCCAUAAGGAGCCCACUACUGUGCCUCUUCCUGCUCCAUCAAGCCUUGCCAUCUCGAUAAUAGUGAUUGUCUACAACUAUUGGUUCAUUUACCUCCCUUAUCUGACAUGGCUCUACUUUGAUUGGCUGACCCCAGACAAAGGAGGCAGGAGAUCUUCCUGGGUCAGAAACUGGAAUUUAUGGAAAUACUGUCAGGACUAUUUUCCACUUAGACUUGUCAAGACUCACAAUUUGGAUCCACGUCACAACUAUAUAUUUGGUCUUCACCCUCAUGGAAUACUGGCACUUGGAACUGCUGGGAAUAUUAACUUCAGAGACACAGACUUCGCAACGUUGUUUCCUGGUUUUACUAUAUAUCUUCAUGUGACUUCAUGUUGGUUUCUGUUCCCCUUGCUUCGAGAAUAUAUGCUAAGUAUUGGGACAGUUUCAGUCUCUAAGAAAUCUUUGUCCUACAUAUUGAGCAAGGAUGGAGGAGGAAAUAUUUCAGCCAUCAUCAUUGGGGGUGCCAAAGAGGUACUAGAUUGCCACCCAGGGAAAUUCAUCAUGUUCAUCCGUGAGCGGAAAGGAUUUGUGAAACUUGCUUUGACCCAUGGUGCCCACUUGGUCCCCGUGUUUGCUUUUGGUGAGAAUGAUCUGUACAAUCAAGUUGAGAAUCCUGAAGGAUCCUGGCUUCGAGCUGUCCAGGAAAGACUGCAGAGGAUCCUGACUUUUGCUGUGCCACUGUUUUAUGGCAGAGGGUUUUUUCAGCACAGAUUUGGGCUACUGCCACAUCGGAGACCUGUGCACUCUGUCGUGGGCCGCCCGAUCCCUGUUCAGAAGACGCCGAACCCGACCCAGGAGCAGGUCGAGGCGCUGCACCAGACCUACAUGGACGAGCUGACCAAGUUAUUCGACGAGCACAAAGGGAAGUACGGCAUUGCGGAACACGAGACCCUCAUUCUUCGAUGACUCGACUCUCCCGAGGCGUCCGAGAGCCCCGGAGAGCUCCCAUUAAAGAGAAUAAAUCCUCUGGAAGUUAAUCGUCCCCUCCCCCGCCCCCAACCUUGGAUUCUGGAAUCAGAUUUGUAACUGAAAAGUAUUGUGUACGGGGACAGAUGUUGAUUUUUACCUCUAGUAAAUAAAAAAAAUACAGUAGAUGACAUACAACAAAAGAUUGGAGAUGACUGUGAGAUUUUUAAUGUUCUCCCUCGUUUUGGAAGAGUAAAACAUCUCAUAGAUAGUGGCAAGGUACAAAAUUAUUCAUGUGCUCCCCUCCAAAUGGAAAAGUCGUGGCUCCCAAAAGUCCAUUGUGCUAAACAGCACAAUCGCGCAAGGUGUUGUUUUCACUAAGUAUGACAGCUUUUGUUCAGCACCACUGGGACAUUUAGGAGACUGUGUAAAAUAAUUCGCUUUAUCCAGAAUUAGAAGAGGGUUUUUUUUUUUUUUUUUUUUAUAGGACAGCUCAGCAUUUUUAUGCCAGUUUAGAAACAGAAUGAGUUUGUCACAGGGAAACCCAGGAGGAGGAAAGCCCGUUUCCUCAUUCCUGUUCCUGCGUGCAGCCUGCAUAUUGCCUUUAGGCAUGGAGGUCUAUUGGUGAGACAUAUUUUCAUACCUGAAUACUGGGAGUUCCUAAAGCUUCUCCCGGUGACAGGCUCACUUUUACGUUUCUUCCCCAAUGGUCUUUUCAUGUACCACAAGCUCUGAGAGAAAGCACCCUUCCUGGUGAGAGGUGUCCAGCUCACAGCAGUCUGAGGCCAACCAGCGUGAGCAGGGAGUCGUCUCUCCUGCUUCUGGUGUCUCCCAAGGGCAUGAAAUAAACACUUCUUUAGUGAGUGCUUUGGUAGUCCAGCAUACACACUUUGCUACCCUGUGAGGAUUUUUAAAGCUCAUCUCUAAUGUGAGCCAUCCAUUAAGACCCAUGUCAUGUGUUCAGUCUAGAAUAGUCCCAAGAGUCUCAUGUGCUUAGAAGAUGACUCAGUCCCAGGGGCUCUAUACUCGUUGGUGGAUCUCUCCACAAAUGAGUCCAGUAGCUGAAGGUGCAGAUAAGAGGGGGCCCCGGUUAGAGGUGAAUCACUGGGAGUGUGACCUUGGAGGGGAUUGUCUUGUGCCUGGUUCCUGUCUUCCCUCUGCUUUCUGGCAGCUGCGGCCUGGAGACCCUAAGAACUGAAGAGAGGACCCCAGUCUCUGCCACAUGUACUGAAAGAUACCAUGGUCCAUAAGCCACCACCCUCUGUCUUCUUCUUUCUCAUGAAGUCAGUCUGCUGCAGAAUUAGACUAUGAGUUAAAAUAAACCUCCCCUCUUUAAAGUGUGGGUAUUAGGUCUUUUUUUCCCAGUGUCAAGAAAGUGACCAAAUUGCCCAUUUUUAGAAGGAGAAAUUUCCUAUGUCCAAUGGCCCUGCCUCAUAAACGGAUUGUAUGAUAAGGUGUUUCGUCAAUAGCAGUCCAGAAGGAGGGUUCUGAUUGGUAGUUGCUAAGCAUUAAGUCCCUGAGUAAGAAAGCUGCCUUGGUUCCAAACAAUGUCCAUCACCGCUGUCUGCAUCUAUGCUCAAUCCGUGCUAGGUGUUAUGAUCAGUGAGAUGGAUUUGCUUUCUGACUUGUUGGUAAGAGGUCCUUCAGCU